CUGUAGUUAAAAACAUAAUACGACCAUAUAUGUUAAGGCUGUUUUUUUUUUUUUUAAAUGGCAGUUGAUGUCAAAAUCGACUUGUACGUAAAUGGAACUGUUGACAGCAAUCCAUUGCGCAUGUCCGUGCUGGGAGUUGUCAACGGUGGUUAUGGAGAUAAGAUGUGACUACGAGCUGUCAAGAUUACGGUGAUGUCCGUGUGUCCAUCAGAGAGAUGCCCAGAAAGAUAGGAUUCAUUGUGGUCAACUCUUCAAGUCAUGAGGACAACUUUAGUGCCAAGGAACUCAUGGUCCAUGCACCCACAGUCAAUGGCUGGAGAUCCAACAGACAGUGCUCCUACCCUCAGCACAUCACCCUCCAGCUGGUGGAGAGAAGUAGGGUGAGGAAGCUGCAGCUGCUGGCCCACCAGUACCUGAUCCCAGCCAAGGUGGAGUUCCAUAUUGGAGAUGCCCUUCCUGAAACUAGCACCCCAGGGCUCCCUGGGCAGCUUCGCAGACUAGGAUAUGUGUCUUUGUCCGACAAUGAGAAGACAGGCUUCAAAGCACGGGAGCUGAAGUCAGUCCAUGUAGAUGUCAUCGGAACGUACCUGAGAAUAACCUUCCACAGGAACCAUGUCAACCGUUACAAUCAGUACAAUCAGGUUGCUUUGGUUGCCAUUAAUGUUCUGGGAGAUUCUGUGGAUGGCAAUGCUUUUAAUACAAUUCCAAGCAGAGAGCAGCUGAUCGAACACUACCUCAACAGUACCCAGCUGGAAGCCGCCUUGGACACGACCUUCAUGGGCAAAUGUGAGUCCAUCUCCCCCUUGGACGACCUGGCUUUCGACAUGUACCAGGACCCGGAAGUCGCCCAUAUCAUCCGUGUCCUAGAUCAGAAAAAGCAGGACAUGGUCCGGCAGGAGAAAUUUGAGCAGGCCAAGAAUCUGAAGCAGGCCAUUGCAGACCUGCAAAAGGUGGGGGAACGUUUGGCUCGGUAUGAUGUGGAUAAACGCUGUGCCAUCGAAAAGGAGGACUAUGACCUGGCCAAGAAGAAGAAGGAGUUGAUGGAAGAGUACAGGAGGAGCGUCUACCAGCAGCUGGAGGUCCACAACCUACUGGACAUGUCAAUGAUCUCUAGGGCUGCAGAUUCAACCCCAGCCCAGGAUCCACCCUCUCUUCAGCCCUCUCCAAGUCACCAUUCAGUCCCCACCAAGCCACUUGUGUCCACAGACACUUUAAGGAAGGAGAAAAAAACAAAGGCGCCACAGAACCAGCAGUCGGACACAGGAAGUGCUGCGCCCGGACUUAGCAGUCAACCUGACACACCGUGCACCCCCACUGCUGUACCUAAGAUAGACGUUACCAAUGUGCCUUAUGAUGAUAGGCCGCUGCCAGCCCUUCAGAGAAAAGACUGGCCUUUGGAGUCCAUUCAGAGCCCUGCAGAGCAGCACUCCCCUCAACCAGAUGCCCAAAGGACUCCACACAGCCCUGAGAUGAGCGGCGAGCCAGAGCCCCUGACGGAGAAGGCCCAGAGAGAGGCUGGCCUUCCAUUAGAGGUGUAUGGAGAAAGCCUGAUAGCUCGGGCGUAUUCCAAAACCUGGUCCUGCAGAGAGGAUGCUCUCCUGGCUGUGCACAAGAAGCUUUCGGAGGUAUCACCCGCCACCCCCAAGGAAGAGCUUAGAAACAUGAUAAGAGCUGCAGUCUUCCUGGUCCAAAGGUCCCUCCUGGAUAAGGUGUCAUCUGUCUUCCACGCCUCCUUGAAGCUGCUGCGGCUGCUGCUGAGCCAGCUGAUCACAGAUCUGGGGCUGGGCCGGCCCGAGUUGACCCACUGCUUGAAGCAGACCUGGCCAAACCUGCUGGCCAGGACUGGAGAGUCAGCCAGCCGCCUCCGGACCACAGCCACUGCCUUCAUACAGGAAAUUGCUGUUCUGAAGGAUGUUCGUGCCCUCCAGGUAAUUCCUGGUGAGCUGGUGAAGCCUUUCAAAUCCAACUUCCCCUCUCGCCUGGCACAGAGUCGGGCCGAGCUCACCGAAAAGCUGCUCGCUGAACUGGGCACAGAAAACUCUGGUUUCACCCUGGACAAUGUCAUGACGUUCUGUACAGCGGCUUUGGAGCACAGUGCAUCAGAGGUUCGAGAGCCGGCAGUGCGCAUCAUCUUAUCCAUGUACCAGCAGCACAGAGCUGCUGUUCUCAGCUAUCUUCCACCCAGCAAUUCUGCCACACGGUGGGACUUCCUCUACAAGAGUCUCUUUGAUGGCUUUGCCAAGAUUGACGGAAAGCUGGUGGAAUUUCAGACUUUGAAGAAGGGAGGUGGUCAGCAGGACGGCCAAAAAGAGAAGGAGGAGAUCCACUCUCUUCAGGAGCAGCUGGCUGCCUUGAAAGAGAUCACAGAAAGAGGGGACGAGCACACCAAAGGACAAAUGCCCAAGAAAGAAGCUCCCAAAGUAGAGAAAGAGUCCCAAAAAGCUGACAAAGCUGUCACAAAAGAUCCCCAGGACAAUGUAUCACACGUUGUUGACCAACAAUCUGUCAACUAUCUGGACAACUUGUGCAUCUUCUGCAGUAAAAAGGACGAGUCCUUCACAGAGGAUGGAUUGGACCUCCACUACUGGAAACACUGUCCUAUGCUGAGACGCUGCGAUGAAUGUAGACAGGUAGUUGAGAUAGCCAGCCUCACAGAGCACCUACUGGGUGAAUGUGAAAGCAGGUCCAGAUUCAGCCAGUGCCCGCGCUGCUCAGAGGCUGUGGCUACUGAAGAGCUGACUCGACAUGUCCAGGGUCCCGCCUGCAACCCCCCCAUCUCGGGUAAAGGCUCCAACCACUGUCCUUUAUGUCACAGCAACUUCAUGCCUGGAGAGCAGGCUUGGAAGGCUCACCUCAUGGGCAGGGAGGGCUGUAAACAAAACUCGCGGAGGACUGCGGUGUCCCAGAGAACCCAGCCAGCACAAGGCAGGGCUGUCGGUGGAUCCAAGCUGAAGCAGGCCUGGUCGGUCGGGGCCAGAGCCAGGCCCAUGGGCAGGGGCAGUCGCAUCCCGGCUCUGGCACCCCUGUCCAGAGGACAUCCACCAGGGAAGCGCUGACUGUGGUUCCAAGCAGCCGGGUUACCCGUAUUUCCAGGUCUCACGUUUCUGCAUAUCGGCACUUUUAGAAAACUGAUGUAUUCACAGACAUUUGCAACAGGACUUCCAAGGCCAUUUUUGAUUUUCUAAUUUAUAUAUUUAACCUUUUAUAAAGAUUACCAACAUGGUAAUGUCCUUAUCUUAUAAGUCUCUGUACAAACUGACAUUACAAUAUGGCGUUGCAUCUACUUUUAGAGACGUUGGAGAUUCGCUACAUCAAAUCUAAUUCAAGUCGACUAUUGUUAUGGUCCACACAGAGAAGAGACAGCUGGACUCACCAGUGUUAGAUCUUUACCUCUUUCUUGUACUGUAUAUAAUUCCUCUGGCAGCACACACCUGUCUGGCUCCUAAACAUCCCUGGUUGGGACUGUACGACUUAAAGGAGUCAACCGUCAAUAUUGUGCUUCAGUGAGGUUUGGGUGACUCAAGAGACAGGUGUCAAAAAGAAUGGUCAAACUAACAUCUUCUUAUAAGUCCCAUCUGUCCAGUAAGUACCCACAUCUUAUAACCCCGCGCUCUGUUUGCAAAGCACACUGUCCAAUAUGAAUCUAUUGGCUCUUAGCCCAUGCUGAGAUCACUCUGAUGACAUCACUCUGACAUCAGCAGGUUUUUUUUUUUCUCAGAUGCAACUCCUCUUGAGCCAAAGAAGACAUUAUACAGAUGGUUUCACAGGCCAGUAAAAUGUGUUCGCUGUAUUCAAAGGAAUGAUGCAUAACUUCCCGGAGAAAGAUGGUAGAUUGUCGAGACUCAACAAUCAGCUAUCUUUCUCUAGAAACACCUUAAACUUUAAAUAGCAUAGCUUUAAAACAUAAAGGCACAGUUCACCCCAAAAUCAAAAAUACACAUUUUCCCACUUAUCUAUAGUGCUGUUUAUGCAUCCAGAUUGUUGUGGUGUGACUUGACGAGUUGUAGGGAUUGUUGUGAGCAGUUUAAGGCCUCCACUGUUUUCUUUCUACUGAACUAUCCCUGCUUACCGCAUCACCAAGCAGAACCUGUGGACAACAGGCGAGCUAAGUAAGCGCCCUAAACUGUUCGACGCCAUUAAUGUCUACCCUCUGUUAGUAGAUGCACGCUUCCUUCGCCGUUGUGAUGUGGCGUGAUCUCCAAAACUCAAUAACAUAGACCAAAACAAUCUAUAUAGAUAAAAAGCACUUCAGGUAAGGGGGAAAAUGUGUGUUUUUGGGUGAACUGUCCGUUUCACUAGACAACACUAUAUAUUUAAAGACGGUAAUAAUUUCUUGCAUUAGAAAAUAGCUUGCAGCAUUGUUCACAAACAAAAAACUAGCAACUGCUUUUGUGGAAUGUGCGUCUGCUCAUAAUGAACCAGGUUAAGGGCUGACCAUUGAUAGCCACUGUAGUAUCAUUCAAUAUGUUAUCAAUCACUACGUGUACUAAGAGGGUGAUGACAAUGACUGAAACUCAGAGACACCAGAGGCGGUAAUGAGAGUAAGGGAGGAGGUUUAGUUACAAGCAGAAGACUUUUCCUCCUUGGCGUCGCUCCAGCAGACAAUGACUCAGUCCAAGAAGUGCAGCUUCACUGUCAGCUUAAUGCUUUACAGUCUGUUUACACAUUCAGUUAUUGUCUUAAAUAGAAUAUAUAGGGUAUAGAGUAUAUAGAAGGUAUUACGUAGCACUUUGCCAAAGGGAUGAGGCUUCAUUGAGGAUAAGCUCAGUACCAUAUGGAUUAAUUUAUUUUCCUGCCUAUUGCCUACUGACAAUCUUGAGUAGAUAGCACAGUUUUUGAUACUAGACAAGUGAAGGUACAACUUUUAACCUGACAGAAUUGUCCAAAUAAAAUGAAAACACAACGAUGAAUGUACUUUAUACUGUAGAAUGUGUGUAGCACCUGUUUUUCCUCAAGUUGACUUCAAAAAAA